GAUUAAAGGUGCUGGAAAAAGAGGCCAGUUGAGUGCACCAACGAGAGACUCAUUAGAUACAAACCCCUGCGUGCAGCUCGUUUGAUCAUCAGCAGAUCAGGACCAGAUCAUGAUCACGAGGGCUAAUGGCGGCGGCGGCUGCUGCUGCGAUCACCUCGCUCUGCUCCUCGCGGCCUCGUCUCUCUUGGUUCGCGCUUUUGCUUCCCCUCUUCUUGGGGUUUCACCUCAAGAUGAGAAGUAUUAUUUGGACGGAGCGGUGAUCUUCUGCAAGGAUGGGUCCAAGUCUUUCCCGAGGAAUCGGCUCAACGAUGGAUUCUGUGAUUGCCCUGAUGGAACCGACGAACCUGGAACUUCUGCCUGCCCUGAAAGCAAAUUUUAUUGUAGAAAUGCAGGAGACAGGCCUCGUUUUUUGUUUUCCUCUAGAGUGAAUGAUCACAUCUGCGAUUGUUGUGAUGGAAGCGACGAGUAUGAUGGUGGCAUCACUUGUCCUAACACCUGCACCAAAGAUGGAAAUGAUCUCAACUUCAGGAGUGAUGAACAAGAUUCAAAAAGAACCAAGUCAAGUGAUAUUAAUGCGCAAGAAAGAAUAAGUGACGUUGAUUUGGAGGACUUCAUCCAAAAUCUAAAAGGAUUUAAAGUUGCUAUAGUUGUGGAGUUGGGUAUUGCAGUAUGUUUAGUGACCUUUUUCCUAUUUUAUCGGCAUAAUAGAGUUCGAAGGAGACGCUUGUUGCGAAGGAAUCGGCUGGUGCCUCAAAUUUCCAGUCGCCUGAAUAAGUCAUUUGCCAAAAGUUAAGAUAUGCAAACUACUCCAAUAUAUUGCAUGAUUGCAACUCGAGCAUGAUGACGAGCGUUGCACAGAGCACAAAAAUGCUGAAGACUAAGAUAAUAUCACCUUGAGUGCUGCUCAAAACUCUGAAUCUCUAUGAAAUCACGCGGUUCUCCACAUUAAUCAGCAAGGACCAAUUGUAAGUAUGAAGCUUAGUAUUGCGGCGACAAAUAUUAUAAUGGCUGAGGUGGUGUUUAAGUUAGUCAUUAUACAGUGUACGAGGAGAAACUCUCAGCAGGGCGCUGAUUGAAGAGAAUGUUUUGGAGUUUGGUGGGUUUGAGCUUAUUAUUAAUUCAAGGUGAACGUGCCUGCACUUUUGCUUAAGCAAGCAUGGUUAUUUUCAAGGUAUGAAGGGUUUUGCAAGUUAUUAUUAUGGUGUAAUUGACCUGGCAGUCUGUCAUCAUUGCUUGUGUUGUGAGCUUCAGACGAUUGACAAUUUCAGUGUAUUCAAUAUGAUAUAUUUUCCUCAAACAAAAAAAGGGGGAAGAAAAGAUAGAAAUUGAAUUACGAGAUAAAUGAAUUUUUAGGAUAUUAAGCAGAAAAUUUUACUUA